CGCCCGUGGACCUCCCUCUCACGGAGUCUGAACUUCCUAGUCGUUAUCCCCGUUACUACGGUGACUGCUCAGCCCUGUCAGUGGUUGGUGGAGACGAUAUGACGUAAGAGUGUUAUCGGGAAUUCCUGUCCCCGUGGGGCUUGGUCUGUCAGCGAGAAGGACCUACAGUCAGUGCCGGUGGGGGGAGAGCGGCACGCACUGUACACACGUGAGGCGUUAAAGUUUGCCAUGUUUCCUUAACGUGUGUUCAUCCGAGCUCAACUCCGCUGAUGAGGAAGAUGUGUCGGUACGGACUUUAGAGUUUAAUUAAUGACAAAACUUAGAGAAGAGACACCAUGGCUGUCAGCGCCUUCAUCUGUGUUUCCCGUUUGUAGACACAUCUGAGAUCUGUACUGGCCUGACUAAGGAAGACUUGAAAAGGGCCUACCAUGUUCCCUGAUGCCCUGGAAGCAGCCGGGCGUGUGGAGGGCCUGUCACUGCCCUCCCCGCAAUCGCUGCCAGAGCUGGAGGAAGAGGAAGAAGAGGCAUCGAUGGAGUGGGGGACAAAGAGAAUAGGACGCUACAGGAAAAGCCUUCAAAUUUUAAAGCCCUUCAGGAUAACGCACAAGCAUCAGCACCCAGUCGACAAUGCUGGGUUCUUCUCAUUUAUGACUCUGCACUGGCUCUCCCCGCUGGCAGUGAAAGCCUACAAGGCGUCCAGCUUGUCUAUAGAUGAUGUGUGGGGACUGUCUUGCCACGAAGCCUCUGCAGUCAACUGCCAAAGGCUUGAAUAUCUGUGGCAUGAGGAGCUCAAACGAAGUGGGCGAGAGGGGGCAUCCCUGACAAGAGUCUUUUGGAGGUUCUGCCAAACCCGUAUGCUGGUGGCCAUAUUCUCCCUGCUUCUCACAAUGGUGCCCGGCUUUGUUGGGCCCUCUAUCCUAGUUAGAGCUCUGCUGGAGUAUUCCCAGAGCUCAGAGAGAUCCAUGUGGUAUGGCCUGUCUCUGGUAGCUGGGAUCUUCCUCAUAGAACUGAUGCGCUCCUGGUCUCUGGGCUUCACGUGGGCCGUCAAUUACCGCACUGCAACACGCCUCCGUGGGGCUGCUCUUACUUUUGCCUUCCGCAAGAUCCUCAGCCUGCGCAGCACUAAAGACAUCAGUCCAGGCGAGCUGAUCAACAUCUGCUCCAGUGAUGGCCAGCGGCUCUUUGAAGCCGUGUGUAUGGGCUGCCUGCUGGCUGGAGGGCCACUGGUGGGAAUACUGGGUCUGUCUUACACUACGUACUUCCUGGGACCCACGGCUCUGGUGGGGUCAGCCAUUUUCAUCAUCUUUUACCCUAUCAUGAUGCUUGCAUCGAGGCUGACGGCAUAUUUCCGCAAGAAGUGUUUGGCGGUCACUGACCGGCGCGUGGGGCUGAUGAACGAGAUCUUGGGCUGCAUAAAGUUCAUCAAGAUGUAUUGUUGGGAAAAUGCCUUUGCGAAAAACAUUCACAAGGCACGGCUAGAAGAGAGGGGCAUACUGGAGAGAGCUGGGAAUGUCCAAAGUGUCACAGUGGGAUUGUCUCCUAUCGUUGUGGUGAUUGCAAGCGUGUGCACUUUCACCUUACAUAUGGCCUUGGGCUAUGACCUGACUGCAGCUGAGGUAUCUAUAUAUGGAAAUCUACAGAUCUGCUUCACUGUGGUUGCAGUUUUCAACUCCAUGACCUUUGCCCUGAAAGUCACACCACUGGCGAUGAGGUCAUUGUCAGAGGGCGCUGUUGCAGUCAAAAGAUUUCAGAGGCUCUUCAUGAUUGAUGACAGAGAGAAGGUUUCAGUCAAAAUGGAGGAUCCCGGCAACACUGUGGAAUUUCAAAAUGCCACACUGGUUUGGGAAAAGGCGCGUUCACCGGCUACGAAACCAAACCCGUCUCCCAAGAAGCGAGGCGCAAUGAAGCGGGUCCUGCGAAGAGAGAAGCUUAGUCUGUACAUUUCCACAGAGGAUGGCAAAGGAAACAAGGAAAACCCCAACGUGCAAAGUCUCCUCACAAAUAUGGAACAGGAGAGUCCGCAAAGCACCGUCUCCUCCACUCAAAGCAUGCGACCCCCACUGCACAAGACUCUGCACCGAAUUAACCUGCGUAUAAAGAGGGGGUCACUGGUUGGAAUCUGUGGAGGUUUUGGGAGUGGAAAGAGCUCUCUUCUGUCUGCUCUGCUGGGACAGAUGACACUAUUAGAAGGAAAUGUGGCUGUCAGCGGUUGCUUCGCGUAUGUUUCCCAGCAAGCCUGGAUUCUGAAUGACUCUCUCAAGGAGAAUAUCUUGUUUGGAAAUGAGUACGACCCAGACAAAUACAAUGCAGUGCUGGAAGCAUGCUGUCUUCUCCCAGAUAUUGCAGCGCUCCCAUAUGGAGACAUGACAGAGAUUGGUGAGAGGGGUGCCAACCUGAGUGGAGGGCAGUGUCAGAGAGUGAGCCUGGCGCGUGCAAUCUACAGUGAGCGGCCCAUUCUUCUCCUGGAUGACCCUCUCAGUGCCGUUGAUGCCUGUGUGGGCUCCCAUAUCUUCAGUAAAGCCAUUCGGGGUGCUUCUAAAGGCAAAACCAUACUCUUUGUAACGCACCAGCUGCAGUAUCUGCCUGAGUGUGAUGAUGUUAUUCUGAUGAAGGACGGCCAGAUUGCUGAGCACGGCAGCCAUGCACAGCUAAUGGCUAAAGACCGUGACUAUGCCUCGCUAUUCAACAGUAUGCAACAGGAGAAUCUAGUGAAAGAGAAACUAAAAAACAAAGAGCUGAGGGCAGGUGGAAAUGUGGCUGACAGUGCAGUUGAUGUUGUCAAGGUCAGACCAAAGGUGGAAAGCAAGAAAGGAGAACCACUGAUGAAAGCUGAAGAGAGAGGCUCUGGGUCGGUCGCGUGGUCUGUUUAUGGAGCCUACAUCAAAGCAGCAGGAGGUCCAGUAGUCUUCUUCAUCAACAUCUUCUUAUUCCUUUCCACCACAGGCUGCAUAGCUUUCAGUAACUGGUGGCUGAGCCACUGGAUCAGACAGGGCAGCGGGAACACAUCAUUAAUCUCAGUGAAUGAAACAAUAGCGAGCAACAGCAUGAGACUCAACCCUCAUAUUCAGUAUUAUUCAACUGUUUACAUCAUCUCCAUGGGAGCUGUUAUAUUUCUGAAGACAAUCAGAGGGGUGGUGUUUGUGAAGUGCACGGUGAGGGCUGCCUCUGUGCUCCACGACAAGCUGUUCAACCGGAUCCUCCGCAGCCCUAUGCACUUUUUUGAUACAACACCUCUGGGUCGUAUCCUGACCCGCUUCUCCAGGGACAUGGACGAGGUGGAUGUGCGUCUCACCAUGCAAGCUGAAAUGCUGCUGCAGAACCUGUCCCUGGUGCUGUUUUGCUUGGGAAUGGUGGGCAUUGUCUUCCCCUGGUUCUUCAUCUCAAUCCUGCCUCUGGGAAUCUCCCUCUGCAUUGUCAAUCGUGUUUCCAGGGUAUUACUUCGCGAGCUGAAGCGCCUGGAGAACAUCAGCCAAUCACCAUUCACCUCUCAUAUCACCAGCAGCCUUCAAGGACUCUCUACCAUCCACGCCUAUGGAAGAGAGCAUGAUUUCCUCCAAAGAUAUCGGGAAUUGCUGGACACCAACCAGGCCUCAAACUACCUCUUCAACUGUGCAAUGCGUUGGCUAGCUGUCCGCCUGGACCUCAUCAGUAUCUCCCUUAUCACUGCUGUAGCACUGCUCAUUGUCUUAAUGCACAAUCACAUGCCUCCAGCCUACGCAGGCCUGGCCAUAUCGUAUGCAGUGCAGCUGACUGGUUUGUUUCAGUUUACUGUGCGACUCCUCACGGAGACAGAAGCUCGCUUUACUUCUGUUGAGAGGAUCAAUCAUUAUAUAAAGAGUCUUGAGAGCGAAGCACCUAGACAAAGUCCUGAGGCAGCCGUUCCUGCCCCCUCCUGGCCUCAGGAGGGAAAGAUCACCUUUCAGGAUGUGGAGCUGCGCUAUCGCGAUGAUCUGCCACUGGUGCUUAAGAACUUGUCCUUCACUAUCCCGCCUGAAGAAACCAUUGGCAUUGUGGGCCGCACAGGAUCAGGAAAGUCCUCCCUAGGUGUAGCUUUGUUCAGACUUGUGGAGCUAACUGGAGGCUCUAUUAUCAUUGACGGAAUCAAUGUUGCACAGAUUGGUCUGGAUGACCUGCGGAGCAAGCUAGCCAUCAUUCCUCAAGAGCCUGUGCUCUUCAUCGGUACUGUUAGGAGCAAUUUAGACCCAUGGGAUCAAUACUCUGAUGCUGAGAUCUGGGAAGCUCUUGAGAAGACACAUAUUAAAGAAAUGGUCAGCCAGCUGUCUCAUUCGCUCUACUCAGAGGUGACGGAAAACGGAGAGAACUUCUCAGUGGGAGAGCGGCAGCUCCUCUGUGUGGCCAGAGCCCUGCUGAGAAACAGCAAGAUCCUUAUAUUGGAUGAGGCAACAGCAGCCAUUGACACUGAGACAGAUCGUCUCAUCCAGGAGACCAUUCGCAGUGCGUUUGGCAGAUGCACCACUCUCAUCAUCGCCCAUCGUCUCAACACAGUGAUGAGCUGCAGCAGAGUCAUGGUGCUGGACAGCGGCCAGAUUUUGGAGUUUGACAGUCCCGUUGCCUUGCUGGCAGAUGAAAACUCAAGAUUCAGAGCCAUGAUAGAAGCAUCAGAAAACCAAAGCAGAUAAAACGCACUGGAGCUGAACUUUGGACAUGAGCUGUGAUCCCACAAAAUAUCCAGCUGAAUACGUGAUUUGCGCACCCGCGUGCGCGGACACGCACGCGCAAACAAUCCUGCCAGGUGUGAAAGCGAUGAGUAAAGAAAUCCACUGAUGGCUGCUUAAUGCAACCAUUUCUCUUUACUUCCUUAUCAAAGACACAGAGACAACACUUCUUUACAGCACAUCAAAUCUGCGUAUCUAUCAUCCUCCUGCUCUUUGCCACCAUGUCACAGGAGUUAUUUCCUGGGGGCCAAACAAUUAACUGCAAGUGAAACAGCACUUUAUGUGUCAUGUAGACACAUGGAAGGAUGUAGGAUACUUCCUUUUUCUCUGGAGGUCAGUUAAUCAGUCAGAUUCUAAAUUAGUUUUAUUUCCAUGACUGAGACCUGACAGUCCAGGAAAUUACUGUUAGGCAGAGAAUAAUGUGGAACAGAUUAAAUAUUAUAUCAGUGGUGUUACUGGUAUUUUUAUGUUGGGAAUUUAUUUGUUUGGAUUAAUUAUUGAAUACAUUAUAUCUGAUAGUAUAUCACCUGUUAGCCAUUCCUCUGAAGGAGUUUCCAAAACAGGCUAAAAUGUUUUAUUGUGUUUUUAUUGUUGUUAUAAUGUAGUAAUUUCAGUAAAUUACUGCAAAUGUGAUAUGUGCCGAGACCUGUAAACACUUUCAGGUUAUAUUAAUGGAGUUAGCCAUGUAAACAUGCAUUUAGACUGAAUGCAUGUACUGUGUUUUCAAAUGAGCUCAUCUUUCCAAAUGCUGGAGUUUAAUGUGUAACCAGCGAGAUAAUUUCAGUGUUGAGGUACGAUGUGUUGUUUGCAAAAAAAACAAACAAACUAAUCUGAAAACUACUGACAUCAGGGUGUGUCUUUACAUGUUGUGUUUUCACACAUCAGAAGACUGUAAACUUCUGCCUUAUAGUCAAGUAUAUGCUGAACAAUCAUGAAAAGUGCAAUAUCUCUCUACUGCUGUGAUACAUUUUCAAGAUUGAUUUUGUACACUUGAGAUUGUGAUGUUGCAAUUUAUUUUUGUUAAAUAUUUGAUUUUUUAAU